GCUGGCGCGGCUGCCGUCUCGAUAACGCGAAGAUACGCGCUCUGUCUCUCGCUCUGACCAGCGCCAUUCCCGAAAGAUCUCCCCCUCAGUGCCGUCCUCGAAUUCUUCUCCCCUUCCGUCCUCCUUUCUCUCUCAUUCCAUUCGAUUCUCUACGUUCUUCCGCCGCGUCGCCAAUCCCCGGCCGCGCCGUCUCUGGGCUCUCGCUUUCUUUCGUUCUUUCUUGAGUACUCAGCGAAGCAUGAGACAAGCUCUAGGAGCAUUAAAAGACUCCACAACAAUUGGAUUGGCAAAAGUGAACAGUGAUUACAAGGAACUGGAUAUUGCCAUUGUCAAGGCCACUAACCAUGUGGAACAGUUGGCAAAGGAGAAACAUAUGCGCACUAUUUUUCAUGCUGUAUCGGCUGCAAGACCUCGUGCUGAUGUUGCAUAUUGCAUCGAUGCUCUAGCUAAACGGCUCUUCAAAACAUCCAAUUGGGUUGUUGCCUUAAAAACUUUGAUUGUUAUACAUCGUGCUUUGAGAGAAGUCGAUCCCUCAUUUCGAGAAGAGUUCACCAACUGUACCAGGUGCAGAGGUCAUAUGCUAAAUCUAUCACAUUUCAAGGAUUAUUCAAGUCUAAGUGCAUGGGAUUAUUCUGCUUGGAUUCGAACAUAUGCUCUGUAUCUAGAGGAGCGGUUCGAGUGCUUUCGUAAAUUGGAGUAUGAUGUUGAGACAGAACACUCUGAAUUGAUGCUUUGUCAACAGAGAACUCUAGAACUUGACACUGUUGACUUGCUUGAACAAUUACCUGCUCUGCAACAGCUUCUUUUCCAUCUGCUUGGCUGCGAGCCUGGGGUAUCAGCUGCACGCAAUAGCAUGAUCAGAUAUGCACUUUCAAUCAUUGCUAGUGAGAGUGUUAAGAUAUACAGUGCAAUUAAUGAAGGGAUUCUAAAUAUGGUUGACAAGUUCUUUGAGAUGCCAUGUCUUGAUGCCAUUAGGGCACUUGAAAUUUAUCGAAAGGCAGGGCAUCAGGCGGAGAGGUUAUCUAAGUUCUAUGAGAUUUGUAAGGGUCUCGAUGUGGGAUGGGGGAAAAAUUUUAUUAAAAUUGAACCGCCACCUGCAUCACUUACUGCAGCAAUGGAAGAGUAUGUGAACGGUGCACCAUGCACUUCACCUCCUAAUUGGAAUAUGGUAGUCAAUGACAGUGGAAUACCUCCCAAGGCCCUGUUGGCCAUUGAGCACAACAAAUUGAAAGAUGAUCAUGAGAAGUUCGAGCCAAUCCCAGCACCAACCCCUGCAACACCUGAAUCUCCUACAGCUGAGACUACCGAAGCUCCAAUAACUGAUCUCUUGGAUUUGGAUGAUUUCGACCAGGAUGCAAUAAAAUUGGAAGAGGAAAAUGUCCUAGAACUUGCAAUCAUUGGUGAUGAUAAUUUGAAAAGUACAAAUACUUCUAAUCUUCCAAGUGAAACUACUGGAUGGGAGCUUGCACUUGUUGGUGCUCCUAGUUCCAAUAACAAUGCUGUUGCAGAGAGUAAACUGGCUGGUGGGCUAGACAGGUUGACCCUGGACAGUUUAUAUGAUGAUGCAAUUGCAAGAAGAACAAAUCAUGGUGGGAUCUACCACAUGGGUCAGAUGGUGAUGAAUUCCUCCAAGGUACUUCAAUACCCCCAAAAUCCUUUAUAUGCCUCCACCACUAUGGCAUCACCUGCCAGUGUGCAGAUGGCUGCAAUGGCCCAGCAACAAGCAUACAUGAUGCAACAGCAGCAGCAACCAUUGGGACAGGAUGGCACCAAUCCCUUUAGCAACCCAUUUGAAGCACCAAGUGUUCCAUCUUACACUCCCCAUAAUCCAUACACAGGCUGCAUGUAAUAUGGAUUAAGGUUUGGAAUUACAAGAAGAGAGUUUGACGCUCAAUAGUGAAGAAAGUGUACUCAGUAGGCUCAAAGAUGUGAAUAAGCAGGGUGGUGUUUGUUUAGUCAUCUCCUCGUUCUUCAUAUGUUUCCAUCAAAUUGUGGUCUGUUUUUUUGUGUAUCCUCCCAACAGUUGCAAAUUAAAGCAGAGCUUAUCAUACAAUCUCAUAGUUGAUUCCUUGUAGGUUAUAGACUUUGAUAUGUAAUUCUGAGCUGUGCUUGGAAUUCGCUAGUUUAAGAACGGAAGACAUG